AUGGCUCCCGUCAAGUCCAUCAUCGCUGCCUCUGUGCUCCUCGCUGCCCAGCUCGUCUCGGGCCACGCAGCCAUCACCAAUGCCGUUGGCAACGCCGGCGGCAGCGGCAUGGCUCUGGGUAUCGUCUCCUCCACUCCCCGCGACGGAACCAGACGCAACCCCUUCCAGCAGGACGCCACCCGCUUCCGUGGUGCCUCUGCCCAGUCUGUCGGUGAGACUGUCGGCGCCGGCGCCAACUCGGUCGAGAGUGGCACCUCCAAGAUCAUGGCCGAGACUGGUGACUCUCUCCCCCAGGUCACCCCCGGUGGUGAGCUCACCAUGACCCUUCACCAGGUCAACUCGGACGGUGCCGGCCCUUACAAGUGCAUGAUCAACGCCGACGGCACUGGCAACACCUGGGAGAACAUCCAGGUCACCCAGAACGUUGAGGGCAACAACCGUGGCCGCAACCGUGACGGCAGCGCCAGUGACCACCCUCUUGUGGCUGCUAUCCCCGCCAACCAGCAGUGCACCGGUUCCGUUGCCGGUGAGAACAACGUCUGCCUUGUUCGCUGCCAGAACCCUGCCAACGCCGGUCCCUUCGGUGGUGUCGUCCCUGUCCAGAUGGCCGCUGCUGCUGGUGCCACUCCCGCCGCUGGCGGUGCUGCUGCUACUCCUGUUGCUGGUGGUGCUGCUGCUACCGGCGCUGUUCCCGCUGCCAGUGCCGUUCCUGCCGCUCCCGCUGCUCCUGCCGCCCCUGCCGCUCCCGCUGCUGGUGCCGGUGCUGGCCGCAAGGGAGCUGCUCCCGCUACUGGUGCUGGUGCUGCUGGCAAGGGCGCUGGAGCCGGCAAGGGCGGUAAGGCUGGUGCUGGCAAUGCUGCUGAUGACGAGGAGGAGGAGGAGACUGGCAACACUCGUGCCAACGGCCGCAACGGCCGCAACAACCGCCGUGCUGUUGAGUUCCGUGCUUAA